UCGAGCAUGACGCGGGCGGCCGGCGGGGCUAUGCAGGUUCCGGGGCGGGCCGGGGCGGAGUGUCGCGCGGGGCCGUCGGUCGGUGCAGGCGGGAUGGCGGCGGCAAGCGGGGAGGGCCCCGAGCUGGAGCCGGGACCGGAGCUGGCGAUGGAGCCGGAGUCGGAGCCCGAGCCGGAACCCGAGCCCGAGCCCGAGCCGGCGCUGGCGGCGGAGCUGUCGGCGCGGCGCAGCGCGGAGGCGCGGCGGCUGGUGCUGUCGCCGCGGCGGCUGUCGGGCCCGCUGCCCGCCGGGCUGUCGCAGUGGUUCCCGGCGUUGGAGGUGCUGGACGUGAGCGGGACGGGGCUGACGGAGAUGGGCACGGAGUUGCUGUCCCUGCCGUGCCUCCACACGUUGCUGGCCAAGAACAACCGGCUCGGCGGGCCCGGCUCGCUGCCCAAGGGGCUGGAGCAGGCGCCCCUUGCCCGCUCCCUCCGCGUCCUCAACCUCAGCGGGAACCGCUUCUCCGAGGUGCCGCCCGCGGUGCUGCAGCUCCGCGGGCUGCGCAGCCUCAGCCUCGGCGGCAACCGGCUCCACGGCAUCCCGCCCGACAUCCAGGAGCUCCAAAGUUUAGAGUUUCUAUACCUUGGAGGGAAUUUCAUUACAGCAAUUCCACCUGAAUUAGCAAAACUGCCUUCUCUGAGGUAUCUAGUUCUGUGUGACAACAAGAUCCAGAGCAUUCCACCUCAGCUGGCACAGCUGCAUUCCCUGCGUUCCCUUAGCCUGCACAAUAACCUGCUGACUUACCUUCCCCGAGAGAUCCUUAACCUGGUUCACCUCGAUGAGCUGAGCUUGCGUGGGAACCCGCUGGUGGUGCGCUUUGUGCGUGACCUGACCUACAACCCCCCGAGCCUGCAGGAGCUGGCCGGGCGCACGAUUAAAACUCGCAACGUUCCCUACACUCCCAGCGAUCUCCCAGAGAGUCUUGUCCGGUACCUGAGCUUGGCCAGCAACUGCCCCAAUCCUAAAUGUGGGGGUGUGUACUUUGACAGCUGCGUCAGACAGAUCAAGUUCGUUGACUUCUGUGGGAAGUAUCGGCUCCCGCUGAUGCACUACCUGUGCUCCCCAGAGUGCUCCUCUCCCUUCAGCUCUGCCUCCCAGAGCUCCACUUCCCAGAGCGAGUCUGACUCUGAGGAUGAGGCCAGCGUCGCCGCGCACAGGAUGCAGAAAGUCCUUCUGGGAUAACGGGCAGCCACAGGGGAAGACGGGAAGGAAAAUGGAUUUGUAAAGCAAUAAUGGAAUGGUGAAGCAUGAGCCACCGGCCUGAAGGGCUCAUGAGAAAUUGUCCUCAAGUCCAUGCAGGGACAGAACAUCUUAGCAAGCCUGGACUUGCUUGAUGCAGUGCUGCUUAGGAGAUCUAACUCAGUAGCAUGCCGCCCGUAGGUUGCCUGGGGUUGUUAGAAAUGUCUCCUGGCUGGGAGGCGCCCCCUCCCCCCUCAGAUGGGCUGGGAGAGGAAUUUGUUCUCACUGGCGGAUUCAGAAGGAUUUUAAUAUAUGAAACUUGACUGGACUUCAGUCAUCCUGCAGAGCAAAGGAGACUGUCCAGAUCCUUUAACACUGUGGUAAAUCAGAAACAGGCUAAUGAUGCCAUGUGAGUAUGUAUGGACCCCAGUGUUUUACAUAGCAGUUUGAUUCCUUUCUGUCUCCUUUGAUCUCAGUUACAGAUUUUACACUCAUCCACUGAAAAUGAAAGUUGAAUUUUUUUUUAUUCAGGACUAGAUUUUUCCAAACUCUGGUUGCUCUUCCUUUGCCUCGAGGUGUAGGGUUUCUGUACUGUUACAGAUGUUAUAGCCUUCAUAGAACUGAGCCACCUUUUUUCUCCCUUGUGAUACUGAGCUGCUCUUAGUGUCUCCUUCUAACAGUAUUUGUUAUUUUUCCUCCUUCUCUCUCUUCUCAUUACACCUGAAGUGUUGCUGUCUUUAUAGUGCCUUCAGAAAACAGACAAGUUGUUCUGUUACAAUUGGUAUUACUUCAGACCUGUGGCCUGUGCAAGGGACCAGAUGUGAUGCACUGUAUCAUACUUUUGAGUCUCAGCUUACUGGAGCAAAUCUGCUUUUAUAGCUGUGAACUGUAGGAAAGGUCUCAAUUGACAUUUUUUGUUUAUAAACAGCCACAUUUUCCAACAGUUUGCUCUGCUGUGCUUGGUAGAGUUACUUUCCAUCUUUAAGGUCAUGGGCCUAAGGUACAUAGCAGCUCAAUGAAUUGAAACACCCAGGGAAGUGCUGUGGAGAAUAUCUUUUUUUCCUGAUUCCUAACAGGAGAGGAAAAACUGGUAGGGAGGCAAAGGCAUGUUUUCUGAGCUUCUUGCACAAGGUGCUUUUGAAAUGUCUUCCUUAUUUGUUUGCAUUUGCUCUUGUGGCAAUAGCUUUGGCAGUCUGUUGAUGGUUCAAAUAAUACACUCAGUAAUCUUAAACUAUGUUUAAGGGAAAGCUGCAGAAAAUAGCUCAGAAUUUUUAAGCAUCAAGAAAUAUCUUAUAAAAUUAAUAUUACGAAUUGACAGCUAUCUGUAAAUCUACUUUAUGAGGCUGUUGUGUGCUUCACUCAGUGAGAGCUUCCCCUUUAUUAAUAUUUCAUGGUAGACAGUCCUUUUGAUGCAGUUUCUGAUAGAGCAAAUCCAACUGUGCCUUUGAAUGCAUGAACAGAGCAAAACCAUCAUUUUAAGAAGCUGAAAUGAACAAGAAAACCUUUCUUAACUCACUUUGGCCCUACAGGGUAAUUUAAAAACCUGUGCUUCUCCUGCAUUCAGAAAACACAUAUACCUAUUUGAACAUCUUAUGGCAGCUCUGUGUUAAUGGUCCUGUUUAAUUAUGUUUGACACUUUAUGUAUUAAAGCACUUUGAUAAUUCUGCUCUUUAUAACUAGCUUUAGUGAUUUUUUUGUUUAAUUAGCCUACAGUUUUUGCUUUCCUGUGACCUGAAGAACAUGGUCUGUGAAACUUUGUAUGUUCCAGUCUGUCUUGGUGUGCAAGUUUAAUUUCUUGCCUUGCAUUUACUUGACAGAACUCUUUAUUUCUCCAGUUUCCCUUGGAAAGAACUGGAAUUUGAAAUUAUCUGAUAGUAAAAUAGUACCCUGUCCAUUGUUAAUCAUUGCAACUUAGUUCCCACACACACAUGUGAUUCCCUGUGUGCAUUGAUCCACAAGGAAUUAAUUGCAUGUGCUCUAUGCCUUUCCAAAUAUUUUUAAGUAUAUUUUUAAGGCACAAUGAGGUGUAUGUGCCAAGCAACUGGAUGUCACUUUAGCAGAUUCUAUGAGAUUUGCUUGGGAAGAAGAACCUACAGGUUCUGAGAGAAACCAACUGCAUGUUGUUAGUGAAAUUGCAACCAGUGAGUGGCCUGUUUUGUUCCUCUCCACUUUCAGAUACUUCUUGCUGUCCCAAGUGAACAUAGGCACAGCAAUGCUGAAUGACAGUAAGAUGAUUCCAGAGCCACAAUUUUAACUUGCCUGCUGGUAUAACUGUAGCAAUCAACUGAGUGAUCUAGAGCUUGACACUCCUGCCAGCAAAACUGAGCCACACCAGUUGAGAUCUCAAGAUCUUUUGAGCUCAGGGCCAUGAGGUACCACCUUCCUUUCUUGUCUUUAGCAGCAGCUGCCUUGAAGUCAUGCAUUUUUUCACUUCAUAAAGCUAGAUUUCAUCAGAGUUCCUGCUUGCACAGUUGCACCUCUUUGUGUGAUGAGUUCAGACCAGUGGUGGCUGGUUCUAAUUUAGCUCGAUCCUUAACUGCAGUUUCUUUCCUAACUGAACAGGCAACCCACUUCUGCCCAAAUAUUAUAUGGUCUGUUAGGGUAAUCUUUGUUUUUUCACAGAUUCUUCACUGUAGCCAGGUCAAAACUUGACAGCUUAUGCAGUUGAUAUCUAUGCAUUUUUAGACUUGAUAAAAUGUGUCUUAAAAAUUUAUAUAUAUAUAUAUUCCUGAAUAUAGCUACCAAGUUUUCUUUUUGCUGCUGGGCUUUAAAGUGCAAUUCAAGUAAGUCAGAAUUUAAAACAAUCAAGAACUUGUAUGAAAAACAAAUUGUUGGUUAGUAGGUUUGAGAUUUUUUCCCUCUGGGGUAGUUUUGAGAAGACUAGGGAUGCAGAUAUAUACUGUAGUGCCUGACACAUUGAGCCCCUGUGAGUUGUUUUUCAGCAGUUGUUCACCCCCAAAGACUUGAAAAUGUACUGGGCAAUAAAAUAGGUGAGACACCACUUGAAAAUACACAGAUGAUAGGCACUAGUUUUUACCAUCCCCUUCUCAGGGGCCCUAAGAAGUAGGCAGUUUUUUGCCACUGUGUGCUUGUUUGUUUUCUGUCAGUUUUUAGCAGAUUUCAGCUCCUGAAGAUGCAUCUUCCAAGUGAAGUCUUCAGUCAGUGUUUUGGUAUCAGUCCCCUUGUUGCUGCAGCAGCCCAGCAUGACCAGCUUUUGAAGCUGUUCUUAAGCUGAGACACAAGUGUGUAAAGCAAAGUUGCUCAUUCCUUCUUCCAUGUGGGACCUGGGGCCCGGCCUGCAUUCAUCUGCUGCCCCACCAAGCCUGUGCCAGGGAGAGCUGCUGGUGUGUCUCUGAAUGCAGGUACUUGAUGGGAACAGUGGGGUUGUGUUAAAAAGAAGCAAAAUAUCAAUUAGAUGGGAAGCAACUUAGACAGUUGCCAAUUCUUUUAUGUUUUUCUUUAAUAAGAGGUGAGACCUAAGGAAGUCAGUAAUGAAUAUUUAAACAUACUCUGAAGUGGCCAGAUGCACUGUUUCACAGGCUUCUGUCCUGGUCAUUUUAAGUCUUUGAAAUCUUGUGUUGAAUUAUAAUGGGAGUGGGGGGAGGGAAGGGAGAACCAACUCCUUUUUGUUCCUUACUCUUGUUGCCAAUAAUGAAUGGAAGGAAUUUAAUCCAAUGAAAGUAAUGAAACUUAAUCCUUGCAAUGCAUCUUUGUUGCCCAGUUCAAAGAAUUAUUUUAAUGCCUCUUAUUCACACCAUGCCCUCCCUCCCCAACUGAAAACACUUCAAAUAUACUGCUCCAGAGUGCACACUAACACAGCCGUAACUCUGUCUUGGAAACCUUUCUAUUGAUUAUUUCACUUGCUUGCCUGACUAGAGAAUUGAUCAUUUACUGACCAGAACACUAAGGGUAGAAAGGGUUCUCAUCCAGCCCUCUUGUUGAAUUUUUAUAUAAGCAUUUGUUUUAGGACAUCUUAAAGUGCCUUACGAUUUUAAAACUGUAUUUUGCCUGAAACAUAUGAAUGUAGACUAUCUCUAACAGUAUUUCGUUAUAAGCUGUAAAACAAAUUGCAAACACUAAACCUACAAAAAUGU